AUGGCCGGCCGGCGAUCCGCCAUCAGCUUGGCGACGCGGAUUUUCUCGUCGCUCGAGUCCUCCGUCGCGCCCGCCGCCAUUCUCGGGCAGCAGGGCACGCUGGGCGCCAUGCUGUCGCCUCCAAAUCAGCCCGUGCGGCGCCUCAACGUGCACGAGUACCAGGGCGCGGCGCUGAUGGGCAAGUACGGCGUGAACGUGCCCAAGGGCAUCGUGGCGUCCACGCCAGACGAGGCGCUGGCCGCCGCCAAGCAGCUCGCCAGUCCGGCGGGGCAGGUGGUGAUCAAGAGCCAGGUGCUGGCGGGCGGACGCGGGCUGGGCACGUUCAAGAACGGCUUCAAGGGCGGCGUGCACGUCACGGACGUGGACCACAUCUCCGACUUCGCAUCCAAGAUGCUGGGUCAGAUCCUGGUCACCAAGCAGACCGGAGCCGCCGGCAAACCUGUGAACAAGGUGCUGAUAGCGGAGAUGCUCAAGGUGACCAACGAGAUGUACUUUGCCAUUCUGCUCGACCGCGUCUCCGCCGGCCCCAUGAUCAUCGCGUGCGGCGAGGGCGGCACGAGCAUCGAGGACCUGGCGGAGAAGUACCCCGACAAGAUCAUCAAGAUGCCGAUCGACGUGUUCAAGGGCAUAACGGACGAGCAGGCGAGGCAGGUGGUGGAGAAGCUGGAGCUCAAGUACAGCGACAAGGACGCGGCCGUGGAGCAGAUCAAGCGCCUCUACAAGAUGUUCGUCUCCACCGACUGCACCAUGCUCGAGAUCAACCCGCUGGCGGAGACGGCGGACGGCAAGAUGGUGGCGGCGGAUGCGAAGCUCAACUUCGAUGACAACGCGGCGUACCGCCAGAAGGACAUCUUUGCCCUCCGAGACGAGUCGCAGGAGGACCCUCGUGAGGUGACGGCGAGCAAGGCGGACCUGAACUACAUUGGGCUGACGGGCGAGAUCGGGUGCAUGGUGAACGGGGCAGGGCUGGCCAUGGCCACCAUGGACAUCAUCCAGCUGCACGGCAGCAGCCCCGCCAACUUCCUUGACGUCGGCGGCAACGCUUCCGAGGACCAGGUGAUCCAGGCGUUCAAGAUCCUGACGUCAGACGACAAGGUGAAGGCCAUUCUGGUGAACAUCUUUGGCGGCAUCAUGCGCUGCGACGUCAUCGCCAGCGGCAUCGUCAAUGCCGCCAAGCAGGUGUCGCUAAAAGUGCCGCUGGUCGUGCGGCUGGAGGGCACGAACGUGGACAUCGGCAAGCGCAUCUUGCAGGAGAGUGGUCUGCCCAUCAUCACUGCUGACGAUUUGGAUGAUGGCGCCAAGAAGGCUGUAGAGGCUGCCAAGAAGGCCACGGCAUGA